CUCAUUGCACUCCUCACCGAAUCUAGCUUUGGUGAUUCGACGAUUUAUGCUAUAGGUACUUACAGGGCGAACUUGCCCCCUAUUGCUCCCAGGCAGGAACGUUUCCCCGACUCGAUGGCUCCUUCACCCACCCCUAGUCCAGCUGCUCGAACACCAGGCUCACGCCCAUCGCUCGAGAUAACACCCGACUUCAUUGAUAAAUCUUUUGAUCCCGUCGAAUACCUCAACGAUGUUCUUCCUCCACUGACGCUGGCGUCAACACAAACGAAUCUUUCGCGAGGGUCCACCGGGGCCGUUCCUCUGCCCGAACUUUCCACCCAGGUCCAAUCUGUUCUCUCCCAAAUCAAUGCGCAAAAUGUCCGACACUCGAACACCCUGACACAACUUACCGAUGAGAUUCUCCGGGGUGGGGGCCGACUAGCCUACGAGGUUGAAGUGCUGCGUGGAGAGACAAUCGGACUCUCUGAUACAUUGACGGAGGCAUUACAGGGGGAUAUUGCGAAAUUUGUUCCCGAAGAUGUAGACAACGGUCAGAUCAAAGAAGAAGCUGGAGAUGACCAGGAAGAGAAGGAGCAACAACAAGAGGGAAAAGUCAUACAGGACCCCGAAUACAUCACGAAGCUACGAACGUUGAACCAAGUACGGGCCCGGUUGGAAGAAGUGGUGCAGACAUUCGGAGAUGCCAUGGAAUGGCCACUACCGCCCUCGGAGACCUCCAUCGCGUCGUCCUUUAUAUCGGUAUCAGCUCCAGAUCCUGGACCGGAGAAUCAGAGCCGCGAGGAGAAGGGACAGGAGGUUGCCAAAAAAUUGCGGACCCAGGUGACUGAGCUUCUGGAUAGCAACGGCGGCGGCCAGGAAGGGAUUCAAGCUGCCACAAGCCAUGUCGAGUCACUACGGAUUUUGGCAACGAUGUGGAGGGGAACCGCUGAGGAGAAAGCCCGAAAUAGGUUUGUAGACAGUCUGGUUAAAAUAGUGGACGACCGUCGCAAAGCUCUGGAAACCCAAGGCCGGGCCGAUCAAUUCCAGCAGCCAGCUGGCUCGUUUACGAAGGGACCUUCGGCUGGUCAUCGGCGCCAGGAAAGCGAGGGACCUGGGGGUGGCAUCUUUCGCAAUUUGCAGCGGCUACGAGAAGAAAUUUAUCUGGAGUGAAUUCCAGAGAAGUGUGCUGUAUAUUAUGCUGGCAUACCUUAGGACUCGUUGCGGCGUUAGUAGUAGUGUACAUACAAGGAUGGGUGGUGAAUACUGUAAAGUUAGCGCUUUGCCCCUGUCUUUCGGGAAAUUUAUGAUAGGC